GGGUGGCAGCCAGAAGGUGUCCACGUUCCUGUUCUUUUUGAGAAGCCGGAAGAGGCUGGGAGAGCAUAUAAGAUGCUGCCGGAGAGAAAGCUUGGAAAUCCCCCUGUCCGGCUAUCGUGGAAAACACCAAACACCAUUGUGUGAGAGGAUAUACCCUAUUCUCCGCCUUGGCCCGCUGCUGCUGCUGAUGAUGUCUAGCUACAUAAUGAAUAUAAGCCCGGAAACAUCAAGUGCCCGCAUUCGCCAAUUACUUCAAGGGUACCAGCUGCAUGGGGCUUUGGUGCGACGACCGCACAUGAUGAUCGCUGCCUUCCGGAACCCAGAAGAGGCGGAGAUGGCUGUUCGCCGUCUGCAAGGUACUAGUGUUGAUGGCGAAUUGCUUCAAUUUUCCGUAUUGCAGGACCAGCACGCUUCCGAGUUUGUGGGUUAUGAUCACUCGCUGUCUUGCUAUAUGUGCCUUCGCACUUUAAAAAGCGGAACUAGAACAGUGUCCAUAAUUGCUACUCCGCCCCUUCCUCUUUCUUUGGCCGUGGAAUCGCCAGCAUACUAUGAGCUGACUUUCAAUCUUGGCAAGAGACCUCAAAUAACUCUUUGCGAUAGCCGGGAGUUAUCUACUGCCACUCAUCGUGAUAUUGCUUUGAGGAUACGUCAUGCAGGCCAAGCUGCGGGAGAGCUGGGGCCUCAUCCUAAUGCGGGCCAUUUUUUGAGGUUUAUGGAGGAGGUGUUUCGGCGAGAUGUGGCGGAUUCUGGGGGGAUAAUGGAUGUCGGGAUUGUCUUGAAAGAUCCACUUGAUAAAUUGGAGGUCGAGGCGUUUUUGGGGGGAAGUGUACCGCCUGCGUCGCGAGUUGUUCGUGGAAUAGGACGGGAAUUGCGGCCCCGCCGUUGGGAUACGGCCGGCGAGUCUUCGGGUAUUCGGGAGAACGGGAGACAGAGGGGCAAUGCCCUUCACUCGGGCGCACUCAGUAAACCGGGGCCAUCCAGGAGGGCCUCUACUGGUGGUGCGUCUAACCAACCAGCUUGGCCAGGAGUUGAUGACAUGCCGUUGGGGAAAGGGGUGAAUAUGGAAUCUAAGCCACAUGGCUCCGCAAACACCAAGGGUCCGGGCAGUAAGAGAGUGUUGCUAGUAGGCGUAACAAAGUCGGAACACUCAUCACCAGGACAUCCGCCCCCCGGCCCUGGCGGCGCUUCCGGAGUGUCUGUUUUCUCUGAUCCGAAGCUGAAGGUUCGGAGAUUCCCAUUUUUCAGUACUCAACCGACCGCUAUGACUAUGCGUCCGCUAAUAUUUGGCCAGCGCCAGCGGGGCUCACGGCUGUUCCCCAGUGGAGGGGAAAAUACCUUAGUGGGUCAACUCGGCGGCGGGGAAGGGCUUAGGGAUAGUGACGAGGUAGGAAUGGAGGCGUUUGAGGACCAGGGGGGCGAUGCUCCUCCGGAGCAAGUGGAUGGAGAAGGCAAUGGGAUAUCUCUAUCAGAACCAUAUAUUAAAAGAUCCUCCUCGGAUUCGGCGUCUUCGUCGUGGUCGUUUCUUCACCGAUCGUAUAAUGAUCGGGCAAUAUCAUCGCCGUCACUAUCCUCGGCACCUGCCGGCUCAGUGGGCGAGUCAGUGACGCAGGCUUUUAGUCAAAUGCAGUAUACGGACGAUAGCGGUUCCGAAGCCACAGAGUCUGCGCCAGCGGAGAUUGUCGAUCUCACCCUGGUUGAUGAUGGGGAGGAGGGAAAGCCAGAAAAACUGAGGAAUCCGGGGAAAGAGAAGAGGAACGUUCCGAUAGUCGAUUCUAGCGGCGAUGAUGGUCAAUCUGGAUUGGGGUUGCGUGUGGUCGUGGGUGAGAGGUCAACGCGGAAACGGAAGAAAUCAAAGCGAAAGGAAAAAGUACUCUCUGACAAUUGCAUGGCUCUAGAGAGCGGGAAUGAACAGCUGAUGGUCCAACGGAGAGAGCGUAAGAGUGGGAAAAAGGGAAAGGGGAAAGAGAUUGCCCACUCGGACAGGAGGAUGGAAUUUCAGAGCGAUUGGGACGAACCAGGUCCAUCAAAGCCAAGAGAGAAGUCGGGGUCUAAGAAAAUUUCCGAGCAAGUAGAGUCCGCCUCCGGCUACGAAAGCCCUGCCCUAUCAAAGGUGAAGAGGAAGGGGAAGAAGAAGAAGACUAAAGAGAUGGGAGAGGUCCGGGAAUGCUCCGAUGUGGACAUGGAUUCUUCUGACCCACUGACGAAACGAACCCGUGAGAAGCGUAGAAGCUACCAAUCCUCGGUCCCUGAGCUCACGGAGGGCGUAGCAGAGACCCCCGUCGCCAGCGGCCGCUCCACCUCGCGCCGUUCGAAGCCGUCGGCAAGCACCUCUUCCUCCGAUCCCAAGACCAAGAAGCGCAAGCGGAAUCGCAGCCCGUCAACCGAUCUCUCGUCCAGCCCCGCCCGGUCCGUUGAAUCCAUGGAUGCGUCCUCCCGCCGUCGCGAGAUUGAGAAGCAACUCUCCCACAUCAACCUUCAGCAGCACAAACUCUCUGUGCGCGAAUCAGGCCUCAUGCACGAACUCAAGAAGUUGAAGUACGAGGCGCGCCGUGAUGCCGACCUCCAGGGGGUCGAGUAUGCGAAUUGUACGUGCUCUGCCUGCGGCGAGUACGGGCAUAAUAAGAGAAAUCGCUUGAAGUGUAAGGCGCAUGAACUGUAUAGGGAUUGGUAUCCGGAACGG